GGGGCGGGGCCUCCGGCUGCCGCUUCCGGGCUGGCGGUGAGGAGGGACUGAGGGAGCGGUAAGAUGGCGGCGGCGGCGGUGCUGGAGUUCCAGCGCGCACAGUCCCUGCUCUCCACCGACCGCGAGGCUUCCAUCGGCAUCCUCCACUCCAUAGUGAAACGCGAUGUCCAGGAAAAUGAUGAAGAAGCGGUGCAAGUCAAAGAGCAGAGCAUCCUGGAACUGGGGUCGCUUUUGGCCAAGACUGGGCAGGCAGAAGAGCUGGGAGGACUUCUGAAGUAUGUUCGACCCUUCUUGAAUUCUAUCAGCAAAGCAAAGGCAGCCCGCUUAGUCCGAUCUCUGCUCGAUCUCUUCCUUGAUAUGGAGGCAGCAACGGGACAGGAGGUUGACCUCUGUUUAGAGUGUAUUGAAUGGGCCAAAUCAGAGAAGAGGACUUUCCUACGCCAGGCUCUGGAGGCAAGGCUCGUCUCUUUGUACUUCGAUACCAAGAGGUACCAAGAAGCGCUGCAACUAGGCUCCCAGCUUCUUCGGGAAUUGAAAAAGAUGGACGACAAGGCAUUGCUGGUGGAGGUGCAGCUGUUAGAAAGUAAGACUUACCAUGCCCUGAGCAACCUGCCAAAAGCAAGAGCAGCCUUAACCUCUGCACGGACUACAGCCAACGCAAUCUACUGUCCGCCGAAGCUGCAAGCAGCGUUAGACAUGCAGUCAGGUAUUAUCCAUGCAGCGGAAGAGAAGGACUGGAAAACAGCCUAUUCAUAUUUUUACGAGGCGUUUGAGGGAUAUGAUUCAAUUGACAACCCAAAAGCCAUCACUGCGCUGAAAUACAUGUUGCUGUGUAAAAUCAUGCUGAACAUCCCAGAAGAUGUGCAAGCAUUAGUGAGUGGAAAGCUUGCUCUGCGGUAUGCAGGAAGACAGACAGAAGCACUAAAAUGUGUGGCACAGGCCAGUAAGAACCGAUCGCUGGCGGAUUUUGAAAAGGCUCUGACGGACUAUAAGGUGGAGCUCAGGGACGACCCCAUCAUAAACACUCACUUGGCUAAGCUCUAUGAUAACUUAUUGGAACAGAAUCUGAUCAGAGUCAUCGAACCCUUCUCCAGAGUACAGAUUGAACACAUAUCCAGCCUCAUCAAGCUCUCAAAGGCUGAGGUAGAAAGGAAACUGUCACAGAUGAUCUUGGACAAGAAAUUUCAUGGCAUCCUUGACCAAGGCGAGGGAGUCCUGAUCAUCUUCGACGAACCCCCCGUAGACAAAACUUACGAAGCUGCCCUCGAGACUAUUCAGAAUAUGAGCAAAGUAGUGGAUUCGCUCUACAACAAAGCCAAGAAGCUAACAUAGAGUUGAAUUUGCUAGCUGUCAUUUGGAGAGUGUGUGUGACAGGAGAGUGAAACCUUUGGGAAAAUGUUAGGAGACUUUUUUUUUUUUUUUUUUUUUUUCCUCUUUGUUCUACUUUUCGCUCGGAAAGUUUUUAAACUUCCUCAUCCAGUGCAUCUUGUAUUCCAUACGAUGCGUGUUCCAGUUUCCAUGUAAUCUUUACUGGCCGAACUUUGUAUCAGGGGUGGGGUGGGGGGAAUAUUGUUUAAACAAAGAGGGUAUUCUAAAUAAAAGGAAAAAGGCUUACACUACCUAAA